CCAGCCCAAAAUAAUUACUACUGGUACUAAAUGUUCUCUUUCCUAUUCAUUGCUGUAUAUAUCCUAUCAAUUAGUGUAGAAAAGUUGCCAAUUGCAAAUAAAGCCACUGGCUAUUUCAAUCAAAUUAAAGAACCACUUAUUUUUGUACCAUCGUUUAGCUUCGAAGACAAAUUAAAUCAACAGGUUUCUUCUAAAAUUAUUACUAAUAAUAUUUCCUCUCUUAGCUUAUGAGAUGGGGGAUUCUCCAGCAAUAGUGCAAUCACAAGUACAAGGCGAAAGGAGUAUAAAGGGUGACCAAGCUAAAGGAGAAGAAAUCACCUCUGAGAACAUUGGGACUGAAUUAAAAGCUCCAACUUUGGUACAAUACAAAUGGUGGAUCCAAAUAGUCACUUAUUCAAUAUUUGUUCUAUGUAGCCAAUCUAUAGGUACACUCUUAGGCAGAUUAUAUUUUGAAAAAGGAGGAAAUAGCAAAUGGUUAGCCACAUUAGUACAAACUAUAGGCUUCCCAAUUCUCAUCCCUUUCCUCUUAAUCACAUCAACAAAAACUAAUAAUAAAAAUACUGAAUUUAAAAAACCAUCUGUCCUAAUAGUUGCUUCACUUUACAGUUUGCUAGGUCUAUUCAUAGCUGGAGAUUGUAUGUUAUAUACAAUAGGUCUACAAUAUCUCCCUGUCACUACUUAUUCACUUAUUUGUGCUAGUCAAUUAGGAUUCAAUGCCCUUUUUUCUUACUUCCUAAAUAAACAAAAAUUCACUCCUUACAUAGUCAACUCAUUAGUAAUUCUCACUGUAUCCUCUUCUCUCCUCGUCUUCCAUAACGAUGAUUCUGGAGAACAUUCAAAUAAAACGUCUAGACGAAAAUAUAUAUUUGGAUUUUUGUCCACCAUAGCUGCAUCUGCUGGCGGCGCGUUGAUGCUCUGUAUUACACAACUCGCGCUUCAGAAAAUCUUUAAGAGGGAGAGUUCUCGUUUAAUUAUAGAAAUGUCAGUUUACCAGUCGAUAACUGCAACUAUGGCAAUAUUAAUAGGGCUUUUCGCUAGCGGAGAGUGGAAAAAAUUGGACAAAGAAAUGAACGAGUAUAAAUUAGGGAAAAUUCUAUAUGUUUUAAAUUUAAUUGGGACAGCUAUUUGUUGGCAAGUUUUUACAGUUGGUGCAAUAGGUUUAAUUUUCAAAGUAUCUUCAUUAUUUUCAAAUGUGAUUAGUAUUUUAGGUUUGCCUUUGGCUCCUAUUUUGGCUGUGAUAUUUCUUAAUGACAAGUUGACUGGUAUCAAAGUGAUGUCAAUGUUAUUGGCAAUUUGGGGUUUUGUGUCAUAUAUGUAUCAGCAUUACCUUGAUGAUUUAAAGGACAAAGCUACAAAAAAGGGUCAAUUAGUGGAGCUCUCUGAAGUUUCUCUCAUUAAAUGAAGGUAAAUUUGUAAGAUUAUAUAUAUGUAGUGUGACAUACUUCAUAACGAUCACAACUUUUCCACAUCCCAUGUUGUAUAUACUAUUAUGCACUCUUUUUUGGAUGAAUAUGUUUUAUUUCA